UAUCGAAUGGUUUUCAAACAAUAUUGAUAAAGAUGACCAGAAAUACAAUAUGUUGUACGUUUUAUUUUACAAUUGCCACGGUUCUUUGGAAGUUUUGAAGAAGGUAGCUGAGAGAAAUCGCCUAAAAUAUAGAAAUAAAUGGUUGAUUAUAUUGAAUUCCACUGAAGAUUUAUUGUCAACUACGUGGGAAAAUGUAGCAUUUAGGUUCGAUUCAGAUGUAAAAUUGGUCUUGUGGUCAACGAACAACAUUGUGAGGAUUUACGACGUAUACAACACUGGAUACAAAAAGAAUGGCUCUUUAUUUCGCGAUUAUUAUGGACGCUGGGAUGAAAGAUCAGACAUAUUGCUCGUAAAUGAUUCCUUGCGAAGGUAUCACCGAAAAUCAGUUUUGUCUGGAGUUGUUUUACGCUCAAGUUCGGUGGUAAGUAUAAAAAUACAUAAGAUAUAA